AACUCCUGCAAAACAAAACAAAAGAGAUUAGAAUGGGCCUCAUUCGGCUGUAGACAGUAGACUGCACUUAGGGCCAUUAAAUUAAUCGUCUUCUUCAAUCUCUCUCAUUCUGUUAUUUGAAAAAACAAAAGCAAAGGAAAAGCAAAGCAAAGCCAAGGAAAAAAAAAAAAAAAAAAAAGAAAAACUAGGAGGAGAAGAAGAUGAUAAGGACUCGAUUGGUGUGGUUGGGUCUAGGAUUUUCAGUUACAGGAGCCGCAAUUUCCCAGUUCAUCUGGAGAGACUUGUGGGUUGAUCGCUAUGCUCUUCUCUCUGAUGCGAAAGAACUUGAUGCUCUGCAAGCCAGAGUGUCGGAGCUUGAGUCACUCUCUUAUCCCAAAUCAAAUCCGGGUCAGGCUGAAGGCUAGCUUUAAAUCAUGCUGAGAUGAUUUUCAUACAUUCUAGCAUGACUUGUUUGUUGGGAUUCUUGUGAUAAGUUGAAGAUUGUUUCUCAUGGGAAUCUUUAUGUACGAUAAGAGGUGACCUAGAAAUCUUCACAUGGCUGUUUUACUAUUAUCUUUCUGCCUUGGAAAAGUUAAAAGGCUCAUGGUUAAAAUUUUCUUUGUUGCUGUGCCAUUUCCACAUACUUUACACUGAUUGCUACUAUGUUCAUCUUCCCUGUUUUGAUGAACAACUACAAUUACAUUUAUAAGUGGCGUUUGUUCUGGAGGGGUAUGAACAAUUUGAUGAAUCCUUUCAGUGAUGCAAGAUCCUUAUAUUCGG